AUCAAUGUUAUUUUAUUGUUAAAAGUGAUUACACGAUAUACCGGAUAAAAAUGUGUUUAAGUAAACCACAUUUUAAUUAAGUAAAUUAAAUUAAAGUAUAAAAUUAUAAUAGUGAGAAUACAUUAUAAGCUUAAGUGUUUUUAUAAAAUAUAGUCAAAAUGCCACCAAAAAAGGUCGAAGAACCUGAAAGAAAACCACUUAUUGGUCGUGUAGGAACCAAUUUAAAAGUUGGCAUUGUUGGUAUUCCAAAUGUGGGAAAAUCAACAUUUUUUAAUGUUCUAACUAAGAGUGAAGCAGCUGCUGAAAACUUUCCAUUUUGUACCAUUGAUCCAAAUGAAAGUCGUGUACCUGUACCUGAUUCACGAUUUGAUUAUUUAGUUGAAUAUUUUAAACCAGCAAGCAAGGUUCCAGCAUUUUUGAACAUCGUAGAUAUUGCUGGAUUAGUAAAAGGUGCUGCUGAAGGCCAAGGUUUAGGAAACGCCUUUUUGUCUCAUAUAAAAGCGUGCGACGCCUUAUUUCAUUUAUGUCGUGCAUUUGAAGCUGAAGAUGUAAUUCAUGUUGAAGGAGAAGUUAAUCCAAUCAAAGAUAUGGAGGUUAUUAAUGAAGAGUUACGUUUGAAAGAUGAGGAAUAUUUUAAUGCUAACUUAGAAAAACUUGAAAAGUUAGCUAUACGAGGUGGAGAUAAAAAAUUAAAACCUGAAUAUGACACUUUUUUGAAAAUCAAAACUGUGUUAGUUGAUGAGAAGAAACACAUUCGAUUUGGAGAUUGGAGUGCUCUUGAUAUAGAAUUUCUUAAUAAGCACAUGUUUAUUACUACAAAACCAGUUAUUUAUUUGGUGAACCUUUCUGAAAAAGAUUAUAUUAGAAAGAAAAAUAAAUGGUUGAUUAAAAUUAAAGAAUGGGUUGAUAAAAAUGACCCUGGAGCAAUGAUAAUACCUUUUAGUGGUGUGUUUGAGAAUAAAAUUAUUGAAAUGGAAGAACCAGAACGUAAGAAGUAUUUAGAAGAAGUACAAGCUACAAGUGCUCUAGAUAAAAUAAUUGUUCAAGGUUAUAAAGCACUACAAUUGCAAUACUUCUUUACUGCGGGUCCUGAUGAAGUUAAAGCAUGGACUAUACAAAAAGGUUUUAAAGCACCUCAAGCAGCGGGUCGUAUUCAUACAGAUUUUGAAAAAGGUUUUAUAAUGGCUGAAGUAAUGAAAUUUGAAGAUUUUAAAAAUGAAGGGUCUGAAGCUGCUUGCAAGGCUGCUGGAAAAUAUCGUCAACAGGGUAGAAAUUAUGUUGUUGAAGAUGGCGAUAUUAUAUUUUUCAAAUUUAAUGCUGGAGCUGGUUUGAAGGAUGCAAAGAAAAAAUGAAUUGAUAAUAAUUAAUAUUUUACAAACAAUAAUAUAAUUCUCUAUUAUUAACAAAAAAUAUGUUUUUUUUUUCAUUUAAGUGUCUAUUAAUUUAGACAAUUUAAAUAUAAGUUCAGAGUUAAAAAAUGUGUACAUUAUAUUAGAUAAUUGAUUAAAAUUAAAUUAAGUUUUAGUUUAAAUAUAAUUGUUCAACAA